AACAUGAAGUGGCUUGUGAUCCUUGGUCUGGUGGCCCUCUCAGAGUGUGUAGUCAUAAUCCCUCUGACAGAGAUCAAGACCUUGCGAGAAACCCUCAGGGAGAAAAACCUGCUGACAAAUUUCCUGGAGGAGAACAUUGACAACACAUCCCAAAAUGCCACUGAUGACCCAAAAAUGUCUCUUCACCCUCUGAGGAACCACCUGGAUCUGGUCUACUUUGGAAACAUCACCAUAGGAACACCCCCUCAAGAGUUCAGGGUCAUCUUUGACACCGGCUCAUCGGACUUGUGGGUGUUCUCCAUCAACUACUCUAGUCCCCACUGCUGUGCAAACAAGCUCUUCAACCCUCACUUGUCAACCACCUUCCGGGACACAAGCAAGUUCUUUGGAUUCAGAUACACUUCUGGGAUGAUUUUUGGAUCUCUUGGCUAUGACACUGUUCGGAUCGGGAACCUUGAAAACCAGGGCCAAGCAUUUGCCCUGAUGAGGAGGCAGAUUGGGUUGGAAGAUACACCCUUUGAUGGCAUCCUUGGGCUGGGCUACCCCAGCCUCGCCCUUGAAGGGACCACCCCCAUCUUCGACAACCUGAAGAGAGAAGGCAUCAUUUCUCAGCCCGUCUUUGCCUUCUACUUGAGCAGCGGGAAGGAGAAUGGCAGUGUGGUGAUGUUUGGCGGGGUGGACCACAGCUACCACAGAGGGAAGCUCAGGUGGAUGCCAGUGUCCCAAAUUGGCUACUGGCAGAUAACCAUGAACCGCAUCACUAUGAAGGGGAUGGUUGUUGGUUGUUUCAAUGGAUGCCAGGCCAUUCUGGAUACCGGGACCUCAAUGCUGGCUGGCCCAACUAAAUCAGUCACCAUCAUCCAUAAGCUCAUCAACGCCAUACCUUUUGGUGAAGAGUAUGAGGUUCCAUGUAGCUCCCUCACUCAACUGCCUACUAUCCUCUUCACCAUCAAUGGAAAGUAUUACCCAGUGCCUGCUCAAGCAUACAUCUGGAAGAAUCAUCGGGGUCGCUGCCUCAGCAGGUUUCAAGGGGGCAGAGAGCACUCAAAUAAGCCAGAGGCCUGGGUCCUGGGUGACGUCUUCCUGAGGCUGUAUUUCUCGGUUUAUGAUCGGGGAAACAACAGGAUUGGCUUGGCUCCUGCAGUGUAA